AGUGAAGCCGUGAAGUCGAAGCGCGCAGUGGUGAGGGAUGGCUGUAAUCCUUUAUUACCCUGAGUUUCAAAAAUUGAAGUAGCUAAUGCAAGUACAAACAUGAGUUAACUCAUGAGUGGUCAACACUCUUAAGGUUGUUGAAGAUACCCAGCUUUUUCUGUUUAUCCUAAUGCCCAGUGGAGGGAGCCAGAAGGGGUGGAAAGAGGGCUGACUCUGGAUUUGAAGUGACGCAAAUUUUAAUAGUUGCUUUGGGCAACUAUACAUGGGAUUGAUAAUGCAAGAUAUUCAAAGAACACUGUAGGAAGAACAUAUUCCAUGGAAGAUAAAGCCAGCCAACUGCACAAGCCCAUUCACGUGUAUGAUUUUUCUGAUAAUUCUGAUAUCUCAAGCGUGGGCAGGAUGAAUGAAAAUGAGAAAGAUGAAGACUCUUAUGAAUCCUUUGAACCUCCUUUACACAGCACUGCUAUAUAUACUGAUGAAGUCGAGCUCUCCAGACACUGCGGAUCGUUUCUCCCUUCAACUCCUCCAGGGAAAGACGCAAAAAGAAGUUCAGACACUUCUGAAAUUGAAGAAGAUGACAACGAGUCUAUAAAAAUCAGUGCAAAAAAGCUAGGAAGAAAGCUCAAGCCAGUUAGUGAUGACUCUGAAAGUUGCAGCGAAAGGGAUAUGAUGCUAGAAGAUAAACCAGCAGAGAAAGUAAGUCGCCAACAACAUGAAGCUACAUCAUCUUCAGAACUGUCAGAGAAGUCAGCUGGAUUUGGCACUCCUAAAAAGAUAGGACCUGUUAGUGCCAAAUCUGCUAUUGAAAAAGAGACCACAGCAGCAGAAAGCCAACUGAAAACUCAGAAAAAGGAAAGGAUGUUUUGUGGCAAAAGAAAGAAAUCAAGAAAUGAAGCCAGGGACACAGAUAUUUCCGACUGUGAACAUAUUUGGUGUCUAAAAGGAAAGAAAAGCAGUGACAUCAUGGACUUAGAUGUUGUUUUGUCAGCUUUUGAGAAAGCCUUCCCUGAGUAUAAACAAAAUGUAGAAUCUAAAAUUUGCAAGGAAGCGAUCAACAAAUUUCAUUCUAGUAUGAAAGAAGAACUCAUCAAAAUGCUUGCAGAAGUGCAGAUGUUGACAGCUCUGAGGCGGAAGAAUGCUAAGAUGAUUUCAGAUAUUGAAAAGAAGAGGCAGCGUUUGAUUGAAGUCCAGGACGAACUGCUCUGGUCAGAACCACAGCUGAAACAACUACAAAUAAAAUAUGAUGAACUUAAGGAGAAAAAAUCUUCCCUUAGGAAUGCAGCAUAUUUCUUAUCUAAUUUAAAACAGCUUCAUCAAGAUUAUUCAGAUAUUCAAGAGAGAGAACCAAACGUAAAGGAAACGUAUGAUUCGUCCAGCCUUCCAGCUCUGUUAUUCAAAGCAAGAACCCUUUUAGGAGCUGAAAGCCAUCUGCAAAAUAUCAACCAUCAAUUGGAGAAGCUCCUUGACCAGAAAUGAGACCAGUCUGCGAAAAUAUGCCUGUGUAAAGAUAAGUCCCACGCUCCUGCCCGUUGCCUUCUGAAGCUACUUCUUAUGGUUGAAGCAACACUCUCAGAUAUGUGCAAGAAAGUAAACUUGUCUAGUUGUUCAGGCUGGUGUGUGGCCAUGUCACCAGUUUGACUGUAUAGUAGUUCUAGAGACCAUGAUGAACUUUCCUGGUUAGUGUCUUAAGUGACACGUUAAAAUGUUGACACCUAAUCCUAAGUGGCCACAGACAUAAAGACUUUUAACCUAUAAAUAAAUAUGCAAAAUUAAGCUGAUGUGAAUACAGAC